AUGGGUAAGUUCGUCUUCCUCGCGGUGUUCCUCGCGGCCCUGGUGGCCGUCUCCAUCGCCCAAGGCGUAUCCGAGCAGAGCUUCAGGGACGCGCAGUGCCGGCGCGAGGUCCAAGAAAAACCGCUCUACGCGUGCCAGCAGAUCCUGCACCAGCAUCUGACCGGUGGCGGGCACGAGGGUGCCGUCAGCGUCCGGCCGUUACAGAAGGAGUGGGACACCAGGGACCGCUGCUGCCGGCAGCUCCAGAGCGUCAGCCGCGGGUGCCGCUGCUCCGCCAUCCGCGGCAUGGUGAGGGACUACGAGCAGGCCAUGCCGCCGCUGGGACAAGGGCGCCGCGGCUCGCCGGGGGAGCAGCCGGAGCAGGGAUACUGCGGUGGCGAGACAGCAGAACACCAUCAGCAGGGAGGAGGUUGCGAUCAGCAAGGACAGGUGCUCCGCCACGAGAGGCCCCGGCGGCAACAGCAGGGGGAGGCGGGACAAGGGUACUGCGGUGGUGAAACAGCUGAAAGCCAGCAGCGGCAACAUGGAGAAGCUGGGUUCUACGGUGAGAUUUCGAGACGUCAGCAAGGAGAGAUUUUGUCGCGGCAGUUCGGUCGCGUGGGACUGAUGAAGGGGCGCCGGUACGCGGCCGGGCUACCGAUCGGGUGCCAGAUUGAGCCCAUGGAGUGCAGCGUCUUCUCCGCCGACCAGUACUAG